AUGAAUCAAUUUAGUAUCAUUUUAAAAUCAACAUAUAUAAGAAGAAUAAUAUUUAGACAUAUAAAAUUAAUAAACUCAGAGAUAGCACCUGGUUACCUCUAUGGAUGGGAUCAACUGAUUUAUUUCCCAGUUCAAUUAAUUAGAUAUGGUUAUUACGAUUUGUUGGCUCAGUCUCUGACAGAGUUGUUUGAUGAUCUCACUGAAUCAUCACCUGUAUAUAAGAGUGCAGUUGAGUACCUUGUAGAAACGAUCGUUGAAUUGUCAGGUACCGAUCAGACAUCGCUCCUAAUCGAGAUAAUGGCAAAGUAUGCCAAGUUCAUUCAAAGCUCAAACUUUAGUGAUGUCAUUCGGACUUCAUCGAGGAGAGGCAAAUUGGAUAAUCUUAUCUAUUUUUACAACAAUUGGAGUUCAAUAUUUUUGAUGAUAGAUCAUUCAGUACCGAUUGGUGAAGCUGCGGCAAACGGACACACCGAUGUAGUAAAAUACCUCUUUUCCAAAAAGCUAUACAAAAAGGGCGACACCAAAGCCAUUGAUGGAGCUGCACAGAGUGGAUCGCUGGAGUUGGUUCGAUUUCUACAUGAUACCAAUGAGUUUAAGUGUAGUGUAAGAGCAAUGGACGAAGCUGCUAAAGGUGGAUUCCUCCAGGUCGUCCAAUUUCUUUUUAAAAACAGAACAGAGAUGUGUAGUGUAAACGCUAUGAAUGGUGCUGCGAAAAAUGGACAUCUUGGUGUUCUACGUUUUCUCCAUGGACAUCUAUCCACUUCGAUAUGUGGAGUGGAGGCAAUGGAGUCAGCUGCCGAAAAUGGUCACCUCGAUUGCGUAAGGUUUCUUCAUGAGCAUCGAAAGGAAGGUGCAAGGAAUGCACUUUCUAAUGCUGCUUUAAAUGGCCACUUUGAAGUUGUGAAAUUCCUAAUUGAAAAUAGAACCGAACAACAAUCUAACGAUACAACAGUAUUUGAUAAUUCAGUAACGACAGGAAAUUUGGAAUUAGUAAAGUAUCUUCAUGAGAGAACAACAGUUUGUUGUACAACAGAGGCAAUGGAUAGAAGUUCAAGACACGGACAUUUUGAACUAGUAAAGUUUUUGAAUCAACAUAGAAGUGAAGGAUGCACUGUGAGUGCCAUUGAUGGUGCCGCUAUUAGAGGACAUUUGGAAAUAGUAGAUUUUCUAUUUAACAAUCGAACUGAGGGAUGUUCUGACAAUCUCUUUGAUUCUGUUUGUUUUCAUGGUAAGCUGGAUGUGUUGAAAUAUUUGCAUGCAAAGAGGAUGAAUUGCACUGUCAGUGCAAUGAAUUAUGCUGCGAUGAGCAACCAAUUAGAGAUAGUUAAGUUUUUACAAGAAAAUCGUAGUGAAGGAUGUAACAGUGUUGCCCUUGAGCAUGCUGCUGGCAGUGGCUUCCUGGAUAUGAUAGAGUCACUCUAUUGGUACCAACCUGAAAACUUGACAAGUCUGUCCAUCUCGCAUUCAGUGGCAUCCGGACAGCUUUCAGUUGUGAAAUUCUUGCUACUGGUCGGUUCACAUCUUUUCAUAGGCGAUGAAAUCAAAACUGCCGCUGCUUAUGGUCAUCUUUCAAUCGUUAAAUACCUGUUUGACAAUCAACUCAUUCACAGGGAAAUAAUCGAUCAAACUUUGAAGCAAGCAAUAGUCGAAGGAAAAACAAAGAUUAAAAACUAUUUAAUAGAGGCAAUAAAAUCUAAAUGGGAUUAA